UCCGUCUUCGCCUUCGGUCUUCGCUUAAAAAGUUGAGACGCCGGCCAUCCAUCCGGAGUUCAUGGAGCUGGGAUUUCUGCUCUUGCUUGGACUUACCGUUCUCUCGAGGACAGGCUUCUCGUCGCCCGUCUCUCAUUCCCUGCUGCCUCCCCGUGGAGGUAGCAAUAGCAGCAACAGCAGCGGGCUGAAGUUUCGGGGGCUCCAGGAGCAAGUCCACAAAGCAACCGAGAUGAAGUUCAUGGCAGGAGGGUCACUGCCAGCCGGCAGCACCAGGGUGGAUAAAGUGGCUGGUCCAGAGGACGUGCACCGCAGAGAUAAGCGUUGCACUUGUUACACCUACAAAGAUAAGGAAUGCGUUUAUUACUGCCAUUUGGACAUCAUCUGGAUCAACACCCCAGAAAGGACUGUUCCAUAUGGACUGGCUAAUUACAGAGGAGGUUUCAGAGGCAAAAGGUCAACAGACCAGCAUCGCAAGAGCUUACAUUUAUCAGAAUGGCCUCCCUCUCGCUGCUCAUGUGCAGACCGGUGUGAUAAACCAUGUAUGCGAUUUUGCACGAGGACCCAGAACAGCCAAUGGUAA